GGUUGAAAUGGCACUUUCUUGAUUCUCCAAUCCAAUUCUGCUUUUUGGCACUGUGCCCACACAUCGCCUUCCUCCAAAAAGCCAGUUUGCGACUCUACCUUCUUCUUCACAUGGUUUUUGUUGCUUUUUCCCCAGAUUUUCUCAUAAUGGCGGAAACUAUCUAAGCUUCAUAUUCCCCCACCAUUGCCAUUUCGGACUUCAAGUACAACCCAAAUGCUUCCUAUUCUGCACUUUUCUCCGGCAUUGGAAGAGAGAUUGGCGUUGGAGUUGGGAUUUUAAACCAUUAAGAAGUUCCUGUCAUCAGCCAACUUUAGAAUUUAGAACGACCAUUUUACGAUGGCAAGUUGUACGUCGGUGCAUUUUGCUCUUUCUGAUGGUCGAAACCCAGUUGGCAUACUUAAUGUUCUUGGAGGAAGAGUAUCAAUGCCAAUUGAGAAUUCCUUGGGAAGAUUUGGCUGCAUUAAAAUGCACGAAGAAGGGAAUGGGUUUGUGGGUGUUGGCCAAAAGUUAACCCUGCGUAAAUUCAAGUGUGCCUCCCAUUCUCACAGUGUCAGCUCAUAUCAAAAUGGAGACCCUUUUCUUGAACUUCACCCCGAAGUUUCAAUGCUUAGAGGAGAUGGAAACAGUAUGUCGUCGAGUAGCCCGAGACAGGAUAGUCCAAUUGAAAGUAACACAGAGAGUUUUGAAGACACAACCAGUCCAGGUAAUUAUGGUGUAGCAAAGAUUAAAGUCAUUGGUGUAGGAGGUGGAGGGUCAAAUGCAGUUAACCGUAUGAUAGAGAGUUCAAUGAAAGGCGUGGAGUUCUGGGUCGUUAACACGGAUGUUCAAGCUUUGAGAAUGUCUCCUGUGUAUUCUGAGAACCGUCUUCAAAUUGGUAGGGAGCUUACGAGGGGUCUUGGAGCUGGUGGGAACCCAGAGAUUGGCAUGAGCUGGAAUGGGUGGAGGGACUGGAACUGGUGGUGUUCCUGUCAUUGCAAGUAUUGCCAAGUCAAUGGGUAUCUUGACCGUUGGUAUUGUCACAACCCCGUUUUCUUUUGAAGGACGAAGGAGGACGGUUCAAGCCCAGGAAGGAAUUGCAGCUUUGAGAGACAAUGUUGAUACACUGAUAGUCAUUCCAAAUGACAAGCUGUUGACUGCUGUUUCCCAAUCAACAGCUGUGACAGAAGCAUUUAACCUAGCAGACGAUAUUCUUCGGCAAGGUGUUCGUGGUAUCUCUGAUAUAAUUAUGAUACCAGGACUUGUAAAUGUAGAUUUUGCUGAUGUCCGAGCUAUCAUGGCAAACGCCGGUUCUUCAUUGAUGGGGAUAGGAACUGCAACUGGGAAAACUAGGGCAAGAGACGCUGCUUUGAAUGCCAUCCAAUCACCAUUGCUUGAUAUUGGUAUAGAGAGGGCCACUGGUAUUGUAUGGAACAUUACCGGGGGGACUGAUCUGACCUUAUUUGAGGUAAAUGCUGCUGCAGAGGUCAUAUAUGAUCUUGUAGAUCCAUCAGCCAAUCUAAUAUUUGGAGCAGUUAUAGAUCCAUCAAUCAGUGGACAAGUUAGUAUAACUCUCAUAGCCACUGGAUUUAAACGCCAAGAAGACGGUGAUGGGAGGCCCUUUCAGGCGAGUCAACAAGCACGGGGAGAAACUGGAUAUGGAAUGAAUCGAAGCCCUUCUUUCGCUGAUGGUGGUCUUGUGGAAAUUCCCGAGUUCUUGAAGAAGAAAGGUCGGUCGCGCUAUCCCCGAGCUUAAAAAUCUCCAUUUUUCAGCUACUCCUCUACACUGCUUCCCCCUCCCAAGUAGUACACUUUGCCUCAGGUAGGUUGUAGGUUUCUACUCUGCCCAUUGUUUGAAAGUAGUGUGUGGUAGUGUACAUAAAUUCAAGUCAAAUUCUGAAUCUGAUUUCUUCCUAAGAUGUAAGAUCAAAGGUUUCUCCUUUGUAGUUUGAGAGCCUGUUAUAACUGCAAUUGCAAAUACACUUCAUGGAGUUGUAUAGUGUGCAAUUGUUGAAUUUGUUGAUGAUCUUCAUAAUGUCAACUACAUUAUCCAAAGAGAGUGUAUAAAAUGUAAUGGAAACAUAUUCAUAAUU